AUGUCUACCACGACCGGCUCCUUCAUUGCGGGUGGCAUUGCCGCCUGCGGUGCUGUCACUGUCACUCAUGGGUUUGAGACGGUGAAGAUUCGACUACAACUGCAAGGCGAGCUUCAAUCCAAAAAGGAGGCAGUGCGCUUGUAUAAGGGUGUAUUUCACGGUGUUGGAGUCAUUGUGAAAAAUGAAGGGCUCAAGGGCUUGCUGCGCGGACUUGGUUGUGCAUACAUCUACCAAAUGACGCUCAACGGCUGUCGUCUCGGCUUCUACGAGCCUCUGCGUAAUGCGCUCACAAACGCGAUAUACGAAGACGGGACUGUGCAGUCCUUCGGUAUCAACCUCUUCUCUGGCGCCGCGUCGGGUAUCAUAGGAGCAGCAGCCGGGUCACCCUUCUUCCUCAUCAAGACGCGCCUGCAGUCCUUCUCCCCCUUCCUGCCGGUCGGCACGCAACACCACUACAAGAAUGCGCUGGACGGCAUGAGGCAGAUCUAUAGCGCAGAAGGCAUCAAGGGGUUAUACCGAGGAGUGGGGCCGGCUAUGGUCCGAACUGGGUUCGGAAGCUCAGUACAGCUCCCUACAUACUUCUUCGCGAAACGGCGGUUAGUGAAGCACUUUGGCAUGCAGGAGGGAAUGCCAUUGCAUCUCCUGAGCAGUACGGCGAGCGGGUUCGUUGUGUGCUGCGUCAUGCACCCUCCCGACACGGUCAUGUCGCGCAUGUACAAUCAGACGGGCAACCUCUACUCUUCGGCAUUCGACUGUGUAUACAGGACAGUGAAGUCGGAGGGUAUCCUGGCGAUGUAUAAGGGGUAUUUCGCACAUCUCGCGCGGAUUCUGCCACAUACGAUCCUGACACUCACACUCGCUGAACAAACGAUGAAGAUAAUGAAAAAGGUAGAAAACCGGAUACUCCCACCCGAACUCAAAGCCAAACUAUAG